CGCUUGCGCACUGAGGGCGGCCUGGUCCUUUGCGGCGGCGGCUGAAGAGCCCGGAGGCGGCUCUAGCACCUGAUCUGUCCACCCUUCGCCGCCCGGUCUCGGCUGUUCUCGGCUCGGCAAGGCUCGGCUCCUCCUCAGUCCUCCCGAUCCCUUGCAGCUCGGCCUCGGCCGCCCGCCUCCGCCGCCGAAAUGAUGAUGAUGGCGCUGAGCAAGACCUUCGGGCAGAAGCCCGUCAAGUUCCAGCUAGAAGACGACGGAGAAUUCUACAUGAUCGGCUCUGAGGUGGGAAACUACCUCCGUAUGUUCCGAGGUUCUCUGUACAAGAGAUACCCCUCACUCUGGAGGCGACUAGCCACUGUGGAAGAGAGGAAGAAAAUAGUUGCAUCGUCACAUGGUAAAAAAACAAAACCUAACACUAAGGAUCAUGGAUACACAACCCUGGCCACCAGCGUGACGCUGUUAAAAGCUUCAGAGGUGGAAGAGAUUCUGGACGGCAAUGAUGAGAAGUACAAGGCCGUCUCCAUCAGCACGGAACCCCCCACCUACCUCAGGGAACAGAAAGCCAAGAGGAACAGCCAAUGGGUGCCCACCCUGCCCAAUAGCUCCCACCAUCUGGAUGCUGUGCCCUGCUCCACGACCAUCAACAGGAACCGCAUGGGCCGGGACAAGAAGAGAACCUUCCCUCUGUGCUUUGAUGACCAUGACCCAGCUGUGAUCCAUGAGAAUGCCUCCCAGCCUGAAGUGCUGGUCCCUAUCCGGCUGGACAUGGAGAUCGACGGGCAGAAGCUGCGAGAUGCCUUUACUUGGAACAUGAAUGAGAAGCUGAUGACUCCUGAGAUGUUUUCAGAAAUCCUCUGUGAUGACCUGGAUUUGAACCCUCUGACAUUUGUGCCAGCCAUCGCCUCUGCCAUCAGGCAGCAGAUAGAGUCCUACCCCACAGACAGCAUCUUGGAGGACCAGUCAGACCAGCGUGUCAUCAUCAAGCUGAAUAUCCAUGUGGGAAACAUUUCGCUGGUGGACCAGUUUGAGUGGGACAUGUCAGAGAAGGAGAACUCACCAGAGAAAUUUGCCCUGAAGCUGUGCUCAGAGCUGGGGCUGGGCGGGGAGUUUGUCACCACCAUCGCGUACAGCAUUCGGGGACAGCUGAGCUGGCAUCAGAAGACCUAUGCCUUCAGUGAAAACCCCCUACCCACGGUGGAGAUUGCCAUCCGGAACACAGGCGAUGCUGACCAAUGGUGCCCACUUCUGGAGACUCUGACAGACGCUGAGAUGGAAAAGAAGAUCCGAGACCAGGACAGGAACACAAGGCGUAUGAGGCGUCUUGCCAACACUGCCCCAGCUUGGUAACCAGCCCGUCUGCGCAUGGCUCCCACGGAGCAUUGAGAAGAUCGGACCGCCUCUCCUUCAUCUUCUGGCAAGGAGGGAGGCAAAGGGGCAGGCCGGGGCCAUCCUGAGGAACAUGGGGUGUGGGGAGGGCUUCUGGUCACCCUCCCCUGGGCACAUUCCAUUUGUUGAGCCCAGUCCCCAUCCAAGUCUCUGGUUGGAAAGAGGCCUCGUUUUGGGUUAUGUUUUGUUUUUGUAUAGGAGCCCCAGGCAGGGCUAGCAACACUUUUUAAAUAAAAGACAACAGGUCAUGUUCCA